AGCCAAAAGAUUGGGAAUUACUGAUCAAUGGUUCUUUAAGCUCUUCCUUCUCAUCACUGAUAUUGGAUCCGUAUAGCCUGUGUCAGGCGCUGAAUCUGUUCUAGGAAGGCAAAGUCAGUGGAAAGGAUACAAAGACUAAUGAGACUAAGGAUGAUGCGGGAGAAAAUGGUACUGGUGCAAAGAAUGAUACAAGGAGCGAUGCCCAAGCAGCUAAAAAAAGCAAGGGAGAGAAAUUAUUUGCACAAUAUUGAAAUUAUGCUCACUAAGGUUAAGAUGCCACUUCCUGAUAUGAUGGCUGCUGUGCUGGCUAUGGAUGAAUCAGUAUUAGAUGUAGAUCAGGUGGAAAAUCUCAUUAAGUUUUGUCCUACCAAAGAAGAGAUGGAACUUUUGAAGGUAAAGAUUAACAAACUUAUCAUACUUAAUUCUUACAUCUUGUUUUGUCAGGGAUACACUGGUGACAAAGAGAAUUUGGGAAAAUGUGAACAGUAUUUUUUAGAGCUGAUGAAGGUGCCACGAGUAGAGUCAAAGUUAAGAGUAUUCUCUUUCAAGAUUCAAUUUCUGUCUCAGGUUACAGAAUUUAAGAAGAGUUUAAAAGCUGUGAACUCUGCUUGUGAAGAGGUCCGAAAGUCUGUCAAGCUGAAGAUCAUGAAGAAAAUUCUUUUUUUUGGGUAAUACAUUAAAUCAAGGAACAGCUAGGGGUUCUAGCUGAUAGGUCGCCUGAACUGCUUGACUUCCACUUAGACCUUGUAAGCCUGGAAGCUGCAAC